CCCGGGACUCGGCCCACCCCUCCCCCACCCUGUCCGCCCGCAAGGCCUUCGCUCAUCCCGCGGCCCCCGACCCCACCGGGCCUGGCUGGAGGCGAGGGAGGAAAGACUUGGGAGGGUCGCGGCUCUAGGAGGCCGGCGGGCCGGAGCGGGGCGGCGGUGGGGUCCGUGAAGACGCGGCGACCGGAGCCAGCGCCCGGGCCGCCAAGCUGGGGAGCCGACCCGGGGGGCAGCGAGGUGCACGGCCCUCCCGCGGCCUAGAGCGUCACCGGAAGUGCCCGCGCCGCGGCCGCCCGGGCAGCAGGGUCCAUAGUCCUCCGGCGCCUAGAGCGUCACCGGAAGUGCCGCGCGGCCGCGCGGGGGACGGCGGCGGUUCCGGCGAGCGGAGUGGCUGCCGGCAGGGAUUCCCACUCCUGGUGCUUCUGCAAGGCACGGCAAGGAGAGCCCCCAGGCUUGGGUCUCCAGAACACCACGGACAGGGCUACCCUGAUGGAUACACACACAGCUUCCCUGGCACAGGUGACGGGUGGCAGCCAGGCUUCCUGCUGGGCUCCUUCAGUGGCCGAGCAAGGGGCUCAGAGUGCCAAGCCGACGCCAGCGCAGGAGGCUUUGGAAGAAGAAGAGCCUUGCCAGGGAGAGAGAGUGCUGGGCCCAUUACAGGGGCCUCCCUGGGCCCUGGGGCUUCUGGACGGCUGUGGGAAUGAGGAGGCCGGAGACAGGCCCAGAGAUUCCCUGAAGGUACCCGUUGUUUCUGUGAAACCUGGAGGGCAGAGCGGUCUGGACGGCAGAGUGUCCCCGUCAGAGGCCUCCCCAAACGCUCGCUCUGCCUCAAACAGGAGGGGCCCCCACAAAGGGCGGCCUUAUCAGUGUGGCACCUGUGACCGGAGCUUCAAAUGCUAUUCGGACGUGGUGAAGCACCAGAGCAUUCACUCCGGGGAAAAGCCGUAUGCGUGCAGCGACUGCGGGAAGGCCUUCAUCCACAGCUCACAUGUGGUCCGGCACCAGCGCACCCACCACGGGGAGAAGCCCUACGUCUGCAAGGAGUGCGGGAGAGCCUUCAGCCAGAGCUUUAACCUUGUCCGGCACCAGCGAACUCACACGGGAGAGAAGCCGUACGGAUGUGCUGAGUGCGGCAAGUCCUUUGGUCAGCGGUCAGACGCCGCCAAGCACCAGAGGACACACACGGGUGAGAGGCCGUAUGUGUGCAGCGAGUGCGGGAAGGCCUUCCUGCAUAGCUCCAAUGUGGCCCGGCAUCAGCGCACCCACCAUGGGGAGAGCCCCUACGAAUGUCAAGAGUGCGGCCAGGCCUUCAGCCAGAGCUCCAACCUCCUGCAGCACCGGCGAGUGCACACGGGUGAGAAGCCCUACGCCUGCCCCGAGUGCGGACGCGCCUUCAGCCGGAGCUCCUUCCUCAGCGAGCAUCGGCGCAUCCACACCGGGGAGAAGCCAUACGCCUGCGGGGAGUGUGGCCGCGCCUUCAGAGCCCUGUCGGGCUUCUUCCGGCACCGGCGGGUCCACACGGGGGAGAAGCCUUUCUACUGCACCAAGUGCGGCCGUGCCUUCCGCCUGAGCUCACACCUGAUCCAGCACCAGCGCGUCCACGGCACAGACUGAGCCUGCAAACGGGCCGGGAUGCGGUGGGUGCAGCACCCGUGAAACUCUGGCUGCGCCUGGAGGGCUGUGUCCUUCAUCCCACCUGCAUGAGGAGCAUGAGGGAGCAGCCUGGCACUUUAAGUUCUCGCCCAUGGGGAAGCCCCUAGUGCGUCUGCUGCUCCCCAGCUGGCGGUCAGAGGAGAAAGAGUCCAAGGAAGACUGGUUUAAUAGCAGGGAACAAAGGCUUCCCCGAAGGAGGGCGAUCUGAUGAGGACACGUGUCCCCUGAGACGGAUUUCGUAUGGGUAGCACUUGCUGACGUGUGAUUCACAUUUGUGUACCGCAUAGAUCUUAAGGGCUGGGUUUUAUGAGAUUUGACGAAUGCGACCUGUUUUGACCUUUAGAAUCGCUGUGCUCUCAAGAUAAUAGACUGUCUCCAUUGCCCCCUUAGCCUCAGAGGCACCCAGUGACGUCAUUUCUGUGGCUCUAGUUUUGCUCGUUCUAGAACCUUACGUAAAUAGGAUGAUUUCACAUAUACUUUUUCAUGUCUGGCUUCUUUUCCUCUGCUUAACGUUUUUGAGAUUUAUCUAUUAGUGGUUCUCUGUUUUGCGUUAUUGUUUUCUUAGUUCCAUGGCGGUUUUUAAAAGGCAAGAGUCCCUUUCUAUUUUGUGUCAAA